AAACACAACAGUGGUGGAUACAAAGGCUAGCAUGGCUGCAUCGUCUGUCCAUACUGCACUCCUGUUGUUGUCACUUUCAGGCAGGUGUCAGCUCUUUAACCUGGCUUAAGUAGUGCGCAUGCUCGCUCUUCCUACCUCAAUGACUGCUGCCAGUCAGGAGCUUCUUAGUUCCAUGAAUUAGUGCUUGGACCGCAGAGGGAGACUCUGAAACAGCAGACAUGAGCUUUACAAUCGAGGAGAGGGGCAGGCCAAACACUCAGGACUACAGGGUGUUUUUCAAAAACUCUGCAGGUGAAUACAUCUCUCCAUUCCAUGACAUACCUGUGUAUGCUAAUGAAGCAGAGAAUAUUUUCCAUGCUGUUGUUGAGGUUCCAAGAUGGAUGAAUGCAAAGAUGGAGAUUGCCACUAAAGAUCCUCUCAAUCCACUGAAACAAGAUAUGAAGAAGGGAAAUCUUCGAUAUGUAGCAAAUGUUUUCCCUCAUAAAGGCUACAUCUGGAAUUAUGGCGCUAUUCCACAGACAUGGGAAGACCCCAACCACAAGGACAGCGAUACAGGCUGCUGUGGAGACAACGAUCCUAUUGAUAUAUGUGACAUAGGAAACAAGGUGUGUUCGCGUGGAGAAAUAAUCAAAGUAAAAGUGUUGGGAACUCUGGCUUUGAUCGAUGAGGGAGAAACAGACUGGAAGGUCAUUGUGAUCAAUACAGAGGACCCUGAAGCGGACGACUUUAAUGAUAUCGAUGAUGUGAGACGACUAAAGCCUGGGUACCUGGAGGCAACUUUUGAUUGGUUCAAAAGAUACAAGGUCCCAGAUGGGAAACCAGAAAACCAGUUUGCUUUCAAUGGAGAGUUCAAGAACAGGGAUUUUGCAAUUGAAACAGUCAAGAGCACCCAUGAGUUUUGGAAGGCACUAAUAUCAAAGAAGACCAACGCUGGCGAGUUAAACUGCAUGAACACCAGUGUCUCAGACAGCCCAUUCUGCUGCUCUGCAGGAGACGCAGAGGCUGUGGUUAAGUCGGCUUGUGAUUUUGGAGCUGAAGAUCCCAUUCCAAGUUCAGUUGAUAAAUGGUUCUACUAUGAGAAGUAAGAAGAAAACCCCGAAGCACUUCCUUCAUCUGAUUUGACCUAUAUCAGAUUACUGCAACUUAAUGGACUCAUUCAUACUUUGUGCCCAAUCUAAUGGCAUUUUGUUCCUGUUUUCUGUGGAUGUCUGGUUGUUUUUGCUGUCUAAAUCUGCUUGUUGUUUUAUGUGUCACUUCAAUGUUAUAUUUAUUUUAGUGUUGGAAGACUUUUAUUUCAAUACUGAGAGAUCAUUACAAUAAAAAUACAA